ACCGCCCGCCCGCCCGCCAUUUGGUGCCGCGGGGGGCGUCGCGCGUGGCCGCGGCCAUGGCGGGCGAGUACCGGCUGCUGCUGGAAAAUGCCCAGCAGCUGGUGCUUGUCUGCGGCCGGGGCGAGAAGUACCUGCUGCAGGCGGGCGCGGAGCGGCUGGCGGUGCUGCGACACGCCAGCGUGGUGGUGGGCCGAGAUGGUUAUAUAAAAGCUGUGGGCCAGGCAGAUGCUAUUCGCAAUCAGUUUUCAGGAGCUUCAUUUGAAAGAGUAAUUGACUGCUCUGGGAAGUGCGUACUUCCAGGCUUGGUAGAUGCACAUACGCAUCCAGUGUGGGCUGGUGACAGGGUUCAUGAGUUUGCAAUGAAGCUGGCAGGUGCUUCAUAUAUGGAAAUUCACCAGGCUGGAGGAGGAAUACAUUUCACUGUGGAACACACUCAGAAAGCCACUGAGGAAGAGCUGUUCAGUACUUUCAAGCACAGACUGGAACGUAUGUGCCGAGCAGGAUCUACUUUGGUUGAGUGCAAGAGUGGAUAUGGCUUAAACUUAGAAACAGAACUUAAAAUGCUCAGAGUGAUUGAACGAGCUAAGCGAUCCAUGGAUAUUGGCAUUUCAUCAACCUACUGUGGAGCCCAUUCUGUUCCAAAAGGGAGAACUGCUACUGAAGCCACAGAUGACAUUAUCCAUAACCAUCUCCCUAAACUGAAAGAACUCAAACUAAGUGGUGAAAUACAUGUCAACAACAUAGAUGUAUUCUGUGAGAAGGGAGUCUUUGAUCUGGAUUCUACUAGAAGAAUUCUUCAAGCUGGAAAAGAUACAGGGUUACAGAUUAACUUCCAUGGUGAUGAACUCCAUCCGAUGAAAUCUGCUGAGCUUGGAGCUGAACUAGGAGCCCAGGCUAUCAGCCACUUGGAAGAAGUUAGUGAUGAAGGUAUCACUGCAAUGGCAAGAGCUAAGUGUGCAGCUGUCCUUUUACCAACCACUGCCUACAUGCUAAGACUGAAGCAACCUCAAGCUAGGAAAAUGUUAAAAGAAGGAGUUAUAGUUGCUCUUGGCAGUGAUUUUAAUCCUAAUGCAUACUGUUCUUCAAUGCCUAUAGUGAUGCAUCUAGCCUGUGUAAACAUGAAGAUGUCAAUGAAUGAAGCAUUAGCAGCUGCUACAAUUAAUGCAGCUUAUGCUCUGGGAAAAUCGGACACACAUGGCUCCAUAGAGAAUGGCAAGCAGGGGGAUCUCAUUAUUAUAAAUUCAUCAAGGUGGGAACACUUGAUUUACCAGUUUGGGGGACAUGAGGCAUUGAUCGACUAUGUUAUAGUUAAAGGAAAAAUCGUGUAUAAAAAUGAGAGGUGUGGGAUAAUGAGCAGUUACUGAAAGAAGACAGUCAUUUUGGAACUAUUAUAAUCAAGCAGACAUUGAAUAUUUCAGUUACAAAAGGGCAACAAACAAAUUGGACUUGUAUUUUACUGAUAAAUUUUUUGCCUGCUCAUCCUACCAGCCCUUUAGUUCAAGAAACUUUACCAAGCAUUACCCAUCUGGUGUUUCUUCAUAUCAGUUAUCCUCCUCUCCAGUGCAUAAAGAUAGUUUCUAUUGUAUCUCUUUUGACAUAAGACUGUUUCCUGAAAUGAAAAUGAGAAAAUCUAUGCAAUGUUAAUCUACAAAAUUAUUUUAUUAAAAGAGCAAUGAAUGAA